CAGAAGAAUGCCAGGGAGAAAUAAUGGCACGUACAGACUGCUGCAAAUCACAGAUUGGACAUUGCCGGGCCGCAUUGAACCGCCUUGUCCGCCGCGUGUUUGUAUGUGUGUGGAUUGAGCACAAUACGUACGAGCGUCCCCAGAGGUACGGUCAUGAUUUAAAUGCCCGCUACCAGUGCAAAGCGCCGCGUCACAUAUACCAAUCACUUCCCUCCCGUUAAUCUGUACAUGACGCUGUUGCAUCGUUCGUACUCAGCCAACAAGCAGCGUCGUUCGCCCAAUCUCAAAGCACAACAUUUCUUAACAAACCGUUUUGCAUACACUGACGGACGGAUUUGACGAUCCCGCGCUCCACAAUCUCCACGUAUAUACUGAUUUGCGGGCUGUAUAUAAUCCAUCCUGCGGUAUCAUCAUCCGUAUGGUAAACACUUGGUCGGUCUGUCUCUCUCGCUGCUCUCUCUUUGAUUGCGCCGCUGUACGGUAGCGGCCGCGCGCGCUCCAAUCCGUGACCUUUAAUCAUUAAAACAAUCGCAUGGAGAUCGACUCAACCACCUGACCUUUGCCUUGAUUGCGGCUGCUUGUCAGCUGUGAACGGGAAGCGAUUUAUUAUCGAUAAGGAAUAUAUUGGACGGGUAUUGCAUUUUGCGGAAUAUGGUGUCGAAAUCGGGAUUGAUUAGUCCGGCGUCGAAGAGCGCCUUCCAGAUGGUGAUGCCGCGACCAGAACUGCUGGCAGAAGCCUUCAAGGCGGCCAAUCCCGGUCAUCAUUCAGCGGGCAUGUUUGCACAUUAUCCCGGUAUGCAGAGUGCCGCCGCGGCCAACUACUGGUGGCAACGCUUCCCAGCCAGCUUCAUCAAUCCGGCCGUGUGGCCCUUCAUGUUUAACGCCGCGGCGGCCGUUAAUUCCCAGAUGCAUGCGGCUGCCACGGUGCCGACCACGCCGGCCGUCCUGCGGUCUAAUCAGCCUCCAUUACAUGCCGUACCGCAUCCGCCUGCGCCCACGAAAAAGAGCCGGCAGGGCGGGAAGAAGAAAAAGAAGGCGCAAGUGGCCAAGUUCCGGUUUGAGGAUCUGCCCAGGAAUUUUGAGCACACGCCGUCAGAUGGCAGUCAGAGCGGCGAGGAGACGCUGGAGCAGGCGGAUAAUGGGCCGCGGUCACGGUCGUCCUCGCCGGUGGGCAAAGAUCCGGAGAAUCACAUCUGCAAAGAGAAAUCGGUUAGCGCCGAUGAAACGGCUCCCAGCCCGCGUCCGUCAUUCCCGGCACCCUCCACCACCCACCCUCCCUGGGCCCGCAACAUGAACGGCAUCUUCCCCUCCAACCCCGCCUUCUUCUGGCCUCCCCAUUUGAACCCACCCCUGGAAUGGAGGACCGCCGGCCCGCCCGCCUUAUCCUCCCUACCUCUCCCCUUCCACCCGCCGGGCAUGAACAAACUGGCCUCCCUCUUCCCACCACCCGGCAUCCCUCCAGCGUACACUUUGGGCCGGCCCCGCUCGGUGACCUCAGCGGACUCCUCCCGUUCCCAUUCGCCAGGCUGUGACGGUGUUGCACCGCUGCGCGGGGAUCAUCCUUAUUCGUGCCAGAAGUGCGCCAAGCUGUUUAGUACCGUGCACGGCUUGGAGGUGCAUGUGCGGCGGGCACACACCGGGAAUAAGCGACCCUAUGCGUGCCAGACGUGCAAUAAGACCUUCGGACAUGCGGUGUCGUUGACGCAGCACAAUAAGGCCGUACACUGUCAGGAGCGGCAGUUCCAGUGUCAUCAGUGUGGAAAGUGCUUUAAAAGGUCAUCAACGCUCAGUACGCAUUUGCUGAUACAUUCCAAUACGCGACCGUACGCGUGCCCGUACGCGAAUUGUGGGAAGAGCUUCCAUCAGAAAUCGGAUAUGAAGAAGCAUACAUAUAUCCAUACCGGUGAAAAGCCUCACAAAUGUACGGCUUGCGGAAAGGCCUUCAGUCAGUCCUCCAAUCUAAUUACGCAUUUCCGGAAGCACACCGGCCAGAAACCGUUUGGCUGUUCGUACUGCGGACGCGCUUUCCAGCGGAAAGUUGACCUUCGUCGCCACCUGGAAACGCAGCAUCCCUCCGCGCCCAAACUACCACCGGACCAUCCGCACAACGUGCAGUCCGAUCAGGACUAAAGGCAGAUUAGCCGCAACCGGUGACAAAUCGGAACGCUUUCCGAUGCUCUUGAAUUAGCGAUCGCGAGCAGGGGUUGAUGAUGACCGCGGGAUCUCAUCUCUGGUCAAAAUGUUCAUUGGUCUCCUCCAAAGACGGUUUUAUAGUUUGCAAUAUCUGUUAUUACCAAGUUCAUACUGUGUACGUACGAUAGUAUUGAGUCGAAUCAAAAAUGUGUGGAUACCGAAUUAUGGCGGAUAGAGAAAAAUAUACAGUAUAACCUUAUAUGUACUCAUAUACCUGACUUAAAAUAAAUGCAUU